UGUGCCUGUCUGUGCCACGAAAGCAUUUUUAUCUAACGAACCAAUUAUUCUUGGGGCAUAACCCAUCACCAACUAACCAAUAUUCUUAUAAUUCAGAAUUACUACAUUCGAAUUUGUUAAUCGCACGUGAUUUUCGAUUACGUACGUUAAGCAGUUUAAUAAACAUUCUUCUUGUAUUUCCUUUUUGUGAAGUGCUUAAACACGAAAUUUUUGAUAAAUCAAUUUAUGUUUAUGCAAUCCAAGGAUUUGUAUAGGAAUUGUGAAAAUAGUGUUCCUUGACUUUACAAAACUUUUAUACUAAUACACUGGUUUACAAUGGUUGCCCACACUGUACUUUUGGAUUUCACCGUUCCAUCAAAUGUAAUAGCGGAUGUAGAGAAAUGUUCCAAUCUAAAAUUAGCAAUUGCUAAUGUUCUGAGGGAACACUUCAAUGGUCUGAAACCAUUAACUGAAUCAAACAUUGAUGGAAGUCUUCUGGUACUCUAUACUGGUCCUAAAGGUAGUUUGAUUACCGUACGAGGAUAUACAGAAGGCUUGGUCACUCUUAACAUAGAGUAUUAUAAAAGAGACGAUGAGGAAGCACUCUUGAACUUUGAGUUGACCAGAGAAUUGGAGACAGCGUUGCAGGCGGCAGCAGCCUCUACGCGUUCGCACAUGCUUACACCAAUUAAACGCGGUGGACCUUUUGACAGAUACUUUCCUACCGCCGAUGACAGACUGCUUGAAUAUGAUAUAGAUAAAUUGGUCUUUGAGGCACGCUCUCCUUAUCAAAAAGUGCAAAUCGUGCAUUCAAAGUCACUAGGGAACUUAUUGGUUCUCGAUGAAUUGCAGAAUAUAUCUGAAGCAGACCUUAUAUAUACAGAAACAUUGAUGCAGCGUGGAAAGGAGAAUUAUACAGGAAAGGAGAUAGUUAUUUUAGGAGGAGGGGAUGGUGGUUUACUCUGGGAACUGCUCAAGGAAAAACCAAAAUUCGUUACAAUGCUAGAAAUUGAUGAUAUUGUUAUAAAAGCUUGCAGUCAACAUAUGAGAACCAUAUGCGGAGAUUGUCUAGAUAAAAGAAAGGCAGAGAACUAUGAAAUUAUCGUUGGAGAUUGUGCAAAAACUUUAGCACACAUGAUAGAAGAAGGUCGACAGUUCGACUACGUCUUUGGUGACCUCACUGACAUACCGAUCAGUACUACUCCGCAUGGUGAUGCAUGGGACUUUAUGAGACUUAUUCUAAAUUCCUCAAUGAAAGUUUUGAAGCCUACUGGGAAAUAUAUGACUCAUGGCAAUGGAGCAUCCUGUCCAGAAUCGCUAGAAAUGUACGAGCAAGUCCUCUCACAACUUUGUCGACCAGUAACAUUUACUAAAAAUAGCGCUUUUAUACCCUCUUUCUUCGAGGAUUGGGUCUUCUACCAAGUAUCGUUAAAAUGAUGGAUUAAAUGUACAACCUUGAGGUUCCAGGGAAGGCAUGCUCACAACCCAUUUCCUCCCUUAUGACCCAUAUUCAACCCUAGUCGCAGAUGUUUUGCUAACAAGUCGGUAUCUAAAAGAAAAGAUCCCGAUGCUGGACAUAAAAUUCCGAUUGACACUACUACGCUGGCGUCUGUACAUAUAAAAGGUGGUGGUUAUUUGUCCUUAUUUAAUUGUUUAGUAACUAAUAAACUAUACAAAGGUG